UCCUCGCAGACCCGGUCCCUCAACGGCGGUGCAGGUGCGGGCAUCCGGUGGGACGUGCGGCCCGGCACUCGUACUGGCCCACCUGCGCAGGUGGUGGUCUCCACCGGCUGUCCUCCCAGCGCGCUGGGCCGCAGAGGGCUGAGCAGACGCGGCCGGCGGCCAGUGCAGACACUUUCCAGGAUGUACAUGCAGGUGGAGACCCGCACCAGCUCCUUUCUCCAUCUGAAGAGGGCUCCAGGCAUCCGGUCGUGGUCCCUCUUAGUUGGCAUCCUGUCGACUGGGUUGGCUGCUGCCUACUACAGUGGAGAUAGUCUGGGAUGGAAGUUCUUCUAUGUCACUGGCUGCCUGUUUGUGGCUGUGCAGAAUCUGGAGGACUGGGAGGAAGCCAUCUUCAACAAGAGCACGGGGAAGGUCAUUUUGAAAACAUUCAGCCUCUACAGGAAGCUGCUGACCCUUUUUAGAGCAGGCCAUGACGAAGUGGUGGUCCUGCUCAAUGAUAUCCGGGACGUGAAUGUGGAGGAGGAGAAGGUCCGGUACUUUGGGAAGGGAUAUAUGGUGGUGCUGCGGUUCUCAACAGGCUUCUCCCACCCUCUCACCCAGAGUGCAGUCAUGGGGCACCGCAGAUACCCUGCACUUCAUCUUGGUCCCAGUGAUGUGGAGGCCAUUGCUAAGCUCAUCACCAGCUUCCUGGAGCUGCACCGCCUGGAGAGUCCCUCAGAACGGUCCCACAGCAGUGACAGUGAGGCCGAUAUUCCUGGCAGCCAGAGCUGACGGGUCCAGCAUGGCUGUGUGUGGGCCCCAUCCACAAUAUCUUGGCCUGGGCUUCCAAUGGUGUCUUAGCUCAGCAGCCAGCCACAAGUUUCCUGACUCAUCCUGGAUGUCUGCCUGUGACUCCUGGGGUAGCGAGGAUGGACUGCCUGCCUCUGCCUGUUCACACUUCUGGCUCCAUUCUGCCCAGAGCCAUGCUCAUGGCCAGGGGGCACUUUAAGAUGCAGGAGGCACAUGCUUCUUCCAGGGACUCAGCAGUCACCACACCUCUCAGAACCGGACAGCAACCCUGGCCCAGCAGAGUGGGAUGUGAGGUGAUGGACCGUAUGGCCUGGCUCAUCCCAGGGACUGUGAAACAAAGGACGCUGCAGACUUUUCUCUAGCAUGGGCCCAGGGCCUGCCCUGCCCACAUCCAGAGGCUUUGUCAGCCCUGGGCUCUGGCAUUGAGUUCUAUUCAUAAUACUAUGAUGCCUGUGUGCCUGUUGGGGAGGGCCAGGUCCCUCUGGCUGCUGAUGCCAGCACAUUGUGUGUCCUACCCUUCCUGGUUGACUGUCUUCAGUGGUCAGGGUGGACCUGACCCUCGGUGAGAUGCCAGGGCACCAUGGGCUGUGGGGGCUGCAGUACUCAGAGGCUGCCUGUCCUCAAGGACACCUGCCUUGCUGACCCCAGGGAAAUGAACAGACUAGGUGCCUGCCCAGAGCUUAUCAUAGUCCCCCAGACUAGAGCAUGGUUGCUGGCCAUAGGAGGACCACCAACCUGCCACCCCAGCCUGGGCAGAGAAGAGGUCACUUGGCGUCUGAAGACUGGGUGCUCUCUUGCAGAGAUCUUGCUCAAGCCCUGAGCCCUGGGAACUGUAGGCAUAGACCCUGCUUCUGGCUGCAGCCACUCUCACAGAAGCAGGGAGCCAGCCUGGACGUGGGCCUGAGAACCAUGGACUCCCGGUCCCUGGUCAGCACCCUUGAGGCUGUGCACAUUUGUAGGCACAGCCAGGCAGCACUGGGAAGCCACAGCAUUAUCCAGGUACAGAUCUGAGGCUGCUAGCACCUUGGCAAGAGCAAGCCAGAUCCUCCUGCUUGGAAGCAGAUGUCCCUUAGCCCUGAGUCGGGACAUGUGCUUUAAAUGUACAGCCCAGCACCAGCUGUUAAAUGGCCGAAUCUGGUAUGUUUUUCUUUCCUAAAAAGAACAGCAAAUGGUGUCUGGUGCGUCAGCCUGUGGGCUCAUAUUCUUUAUGAUGCUGGUGAUUGAAUCAAGGGUCUUAUAAAUGUAGGCAGGCCUGCUGUACCAUUUAGGUGCAUCCCCAGCCAUGUUUUCAGUUUUAUUCAGUCUUGCUAAGUGGCCUAGCCUGGCCUUGAACUUGUGAUCUUCCUGCCUCAGCCUCCUGGAUAACAAGGAUUAUAGGUAUGUGCCACCAUAUCCAGCCUCUGUGCACUCUGAAGAUGCUUCAUCUGAGGGAGGAGCAGCUGCCUAAGAGUCCAUUCCUGGGCCGUCCCUGCAGGGCUUUUGGGGCUGGAGCUCAUUUCCAAGUGAGGGAGACCUCAAUUGCAAACCAGGGAGCUGACAAAAAACCUGAUUCAAGUUUCUGUUAGCGGGACUUGGCAACUGGUAGUAUUUUUAUUUCAGAUGAAUUAAUAAAAGUUCUCUAUGCACAUCAUAAA